CAGGUUAACGGACCCAUGGUGCCUGUAGUGGGGCAGGUGGGAGGGGGAGGGAACCACCACCCCAACAACUACUACAACUCCCUGCCCCCGCCCCGCCCUCCGCCCCUGCCGCCGCCCCUGCCGCCCCCCCAGCCCUUCCAGCAGUUGCGGUACGGCUGCCUCCCCCACCAGCAGCUCGUGCCCCCGCCCCCCCUACCCCAGCAGCACCCCCUCCACCACCCCCGCCAGCACCACCACAUCUACGGCUGCCAUCACCACCUCCUCGACAUCCCCGGCGGCUCCCCUGUGAAGGUGGACCGCGCGUACAGUGGCAAGGGUCCCCCGGGGCGAGGCGUGGGUCCGAACAUCACCAAAUCCUACAGCGUCGAGGGUUCCGCGCCCCCAGUGCCCCCCCACCACCUGCACCACUCCCACCUGCAUCCCCACCACCACCACAAUGGGACCCACAAUGCUCGCCGCUCACAGCUGCAGCAGGCGGUGUCCCAGGGCAGCGGCGUCGGGCUGGGCGGGCGUCGCGGGGCCCCCAGAGGCUCCACUGCUGACGACACUGGUAACCGCAACAGCCGGUGGCGGGGGAGCGGCGCCCCCGGCAACGUGCAGGGCUACGAGCUCUCCCAGGACUUCGCCGACAUGAGACUGGAGAUGCUGGAGCGCAGAUAUGGUGGCAUCGUGGCGCGCCGGGCAGCCGUCACUAUACAGCGUGCCUACCGCCGCUAUGCCAUGUAUAAGAAGUUCCGCUCCAUCACCGCCACUGCCAAGGCCCAGGAGAAGCGGCUGUCGCGGAGGUUCACGGUGGAUGUGCCGGAGUGGAAUGACACGCCCACCACCACCCAGCAGUUCCACGACGCCUGCACGGAGUUUGACCAGCUGCAGCGCAACAUUAGUGCCACAGUUUAUAGCGAGGGUCGGCGGGCGGCUAGAUCCAUGUCCCUGCGCGACACUCUCCGCACAGCGCAGGCCACCACCAUCACCACCACGGCCACCACCACUGCUUCCACUGCACGGCACCAGCAGGAGAACUACGACCUUCACGACACCCUCGCGGCACUGAGCGACACCUCCCUCUACUGCCACGUGUCAGCCCUCUCGCCCCUCACACCCACCUCCACCCCCACCCCUGCCCACACCCACGUCAGAAAUGGGUCCGGGGACUACCAGGCGCAUCAGAAUGACCGGGAACUCAAGUAUUUCUCUGAGGACAGUGGUCUGGGGAGUCAGGAAGGUGUCGGGGGCAACAGGCUGGGUGUUGCGGGUCAGCGGCGGAGUAGCAGGACUGCAAGUGGCAAGAAAAUACCCCCGGAGGUUCCCAGACGGACCUCCUCCAUCAAGUCCAACGAGAGCAGUGGCAGCGCUGAGAGUGUUCCCGCAAGUCACCGAGUGCAGUGCCACCCUCCCUCCCUCACCCCCCCCUCCUCUACCCCCUCUUCUCUCACCUCUGAAGGGGGACACAGUGACAGAGGGCCUCUUUCCAGGUCUGCCGACAAUGGUUCCCUGUCCAGCGUUCAGUCUUCAGGGUCGGACUCCUCCCUCUCCCAGUCCACCUCAGACCGAGCCACUCCGCUGUCAGCCCAGGAGCAGGCGGAAAAUGCUGAUUACCAGCCCACCUCGCCCGUCUGGAAGAGGAAAAACCAGCAGAUGAGCACAAGUGAAGCGCCCUGCGAGGAUAAGAGACUGAGCCAGAUCAGCGAAAACUCAGAAGAUUCCUUGCAGAGUCACUCCUCUGAGGGGAUGACCUAUUCCCAAACGCUCCCCUCACAGACCCCACACUCGGCGCGCUACGCCCACCAUGCCCACUACACCCACACUGCCCACAUGCCCAAGGUGCCGGAGGUAGUGAGGAAGAGGCAGUACAGAGUCGGCCUCAACCUGUUCAACAAGAAACCGGAGCGAGGCAUCACGUACCUCAUCAGCCGUGGGUUCCUCGAGAACUCCCCGCAGGCAGUGGCAAAGUUCCUCCUCACCAGGAAGGGCCUGAGCAAGCAGAUGAUUGGGGAGUACCUCGGUAACCUCCAGAACAACUUCAACAUGGCUGUGCUUGAGUGCUUUGCGCAUGACAUCGACCUCUCGGGGAUGCAGGUGGACGUGGCGCUGAGGAAGUUCCAGACUCACUACCGCAUGCCCGGCGAGGCACAGAAGAUUGAGCGGCUGAUGCAAGUCUUCGCCCAGAGGUACUGCCAGUGCAACCGCGACAUUGUGGCCAAACUGAGGGACCCCGAGACCAUCUUCGUGCUCGCCUUCGCCAUCAUCAUGCUGAACACCGACCUCCAUACGGCCUCCAUGAAGCAGGAGAAGCGGAUGAAGCUGGAGGACUUUAUUAAGAACUUGAGAGGGAUUGAUGAUGGGUAUGACAUCGAGCGCGAGAUGCUGGAGGGGAUGUACCAGCGCAUCAAGAGCCAAGAGUUCAGGCCAGGACACGACCACGUCACGCAGGUGCUCAAGGUUCAGCAGACGAUGGUCGGGAAGAAGCCCAACCUGGCCCUCCCGCACCGCCGCCUCGUGUGUUACUGCCGCCUCUACGAGAUCCCCGACGUCAGCAAGAAGGAGCGGGUCGGCGUGCACCAGCGGGAGGUGUUCCUCUUCAACGACCUGCUGGUGGUGACGAAGAUCUUCUCCAAGAAAAAGAACACCGUCACCUACACCUUCAGGCAGAGCUUCCCCCUUGCUGGCCUGGCCGUCACCACCAAGGAUCUUCCACACUACCCCUUCCUGAUGGAGGUGAGCCACCGAGUGGACAACAAAGUCCUCAUCACCUUCAAUGCGAGGAAUGAGCACGACCGCACCAAGUUCUGCGAGGACCUGAAGGAGAGUGUGUUGGAGAUGGAUGAGAUGGAGUCCCUGAGAAUUGAGGGCGAGCUGGAGAGGCAGAAGGCGUCCUUGAGAGCCUCGAGACCCAACUCCACCACCGAGAACCGAGACUCGGGCGUGGCGGACAUGGAGCUGGUGGCCGCCAACGAGAAGAAUGGGAUGCUGAAGGCCGACUCGACGCUUAAGCGGUCGGCGCUCAGCAACUCCCUCCUGGACAUUCAUGAGGCUGAGGGAGGCGUCAACAGCGCUGGUGGUGCGGGGACACUGGUUGGGCGAAGGGGCAGUAUGGGCUCCCUAGACUCUGGCAUGUCCGUGUCAUUCCAGUCCACUAGCCCCUCGGUUGCCACUUCCCCUGCCGGACUCCUGCACCCACCACUCCUGCAGCCGCCACUCCUGUCCCAUGCGGCCCAGGCAGACCUCCAGGCCGCUAGAAGGUCCCCCAUCCCCACGGCCUCCUUCCUUGGCCAGCUGUUCAAGACACGGAGGACAUCACGGACUGACCUUGCGGCCCCUGGUGUGGAGGUGUGAAGGGGAGCUGGUCCUCUGCCUUCUGUGGGGAGGGACAAACCUUAGAGGGAUGCAAGGAUGACGAUAAGGACAAGGAUGAAGAAGGGAUAAAGAAAUGGAAGAUUGGUGCAAGGAUGAUGAUGAAGAAUAGAGAAGGAUGACUGUGAAGAAAGAAGAAAGGAGGGAUUGGUGCGAGAAUGAAGCUGAAGAAUAAGGAAGAAUGAAUAUUAGGACAAGGAUGAAGAGUGGAGUUAUAAAUUGGGUGGAUGAUAAUGAGAGAUAGCAAAGAAUGGAUGAGUUGAGGUUCAGAGCUGGAAAAAGGUGAGGUUAGGGAAAGUUGGUUCAGUGGGAGUAAGAGUUCUGCCCUUAAUCAAAGACUCUGCCAAAGUGACUAAGUUAUUGGAAGGUGAUUGCAGGAAGCCAUAUCCAGUCAAUUACAGACGGCAGUAAAGUGAAGGAAGGCUCCAAGACUCCCACAAGAGAGGAGGAAGGUGGCGGCAUAAGGCAGUGUGGAGAGAAGGGUGGAGGGAUCGGGUUAGGGCCAAGUCAGGUUGUAUAUCUAGCCAUUAUCUAGUCUUUCAAGGUUACACAAGCAUUCCACGCAGCAGACCAGAGUGAGGAGGAGGGAGGGAGGAGGAGGUGCCCUGAGUUGCUGCUCUGAGGGCUGCCGAGUGUACCUCACACCACAACGGCAUUGGUACUUAGAUCAGCGGUAGUGAUGAUCAGAAUAAUUCAAAGAAAACAAAUUUAUUCAGUGCCAUUUAGUCAGAAGUAGUCACACAUAUAUAUUAAUUUGUAUCAUAUAUGUACAUAAGUCAUGUUAAAAUAAUCAGUGUAUAAUAUAUCUAAUACUAUGUUAAAUAUAUGAGUAUGUAUAACCCAGAGGUGAGACCCCUCCUGUCUAAAGACGUUUUUAGGCCUAGUUAAGGUAGUGAGCCUGCAGGUGCCAGGAUCUGCGGCAACUACCACAAAUAAAGUUGUUUUAUUCAGAGUAAAGUGUGCACAACAGUUGAUACAUUUAGCAAGGCCCGGCUUAGCCACUCUAAGCCGCGCACUUCCCCGUGGAAUGACAUCUAGUCAGCACACACCUUUAAGUACCAUGUGUCAGACGCUUCUCGCCAAAUUACUGGACUGGCUUAAGUUUUGCGCAGUGUCCCAGAUUAUUGAUAUUAUCUAAUACAAACUCACAUACUUUUGUAUAUAUGGGAAAAUAUUGUUAUAAUUUUGUCAGCUUGAUUAUACAGGCUGUGUUUCUAUGGCAAAUAAAUAUUAUGAUGCAAGA